ACUUCGACGGACCUGAACUGAGGUAGAAAUGAAAAAAAAAAUUGUAGAUAAAUGAAAAGAAAACAGCCUUGAAUCCUGCAGUCCCCUGUCCCACUUCCGUGGUCGCUGUCCCGCUGGUCGUAACGAUAUUGUCCUUAUCAAUUCUUCUUUUCGCGGAAAAGAACGAAGUAUGAGAGGAGGGGACACGCGCGCUGAUAUCACUGAUGUCUCCAUGACUGCUACGGUCAGUACUAAGCGGUCUGAUCGCAAAUAGAAAUCCUGUCUACAGGGCUGAUCUUAAGUGGAGAAAUAUUUGUGCUGUUUUGGCUACGACAACAUCAACAGCUACACGUACAUUUUCAACAAUAAUAGUAGCAGCGGUUUUACAACGACAGCUCAAUUAGGCGACGAUACUCAGCAACGAGACAACACCACAGCCCUGUAGCAACAGCUGUUGCAGUUCAAAACCAUUGACGCUGACGUCUCCGCCGUUCAUGGGCAGCGACGUCGACAACCGAUGAAGCCGUCUCACCAGGCGAGGCCCUUCACCAGCUAUUCGGAGGCAGCAACAGCCGUUACCUCCUGUAACCAGUGUCUAUUGGUGGCCACGGUAACAACGUUGGGCAAGCGCGGGCGGCGGCGGCGGCAGCGGCAACGAUCCCGAAACAGUCCUGAGCAAAAGAUGAUAGCGUCGUAGCUGGAGAACACGGUAAUUAUGCUAUACACAGCCUGCUGUCGUCCGUCUUUGUCUUUGUUGACAGCUACCCUGUAAGCCAGCGUGUUGAUGGUGAUGACGUCCAACGCGAUAUUCAUGCACACGCUCGCAGAGACAGGUAGAUAUUUGUACAUGUGCAAUUAGCCUGGACAGGAAAGAACAAACUUCUUGAAGAUAAACGGACGACGAGGCGCGAUGCCGCUCUUCACUAAAGUAUUGAUACGAAUACGACCCGCGGUGCCCUACCGUUCAGCCCAGUCCGUGCAUACUUGAAGGUGAUGGCAAUUUUUGGCUGCCGUCGUCGUACGCUGCUGGUGCCUUUUAUCAAGUGGAUAUUGAGCUUUGUUUCUGCUCGUGCCACGUUUUGUUGUUGUUAUCAGAGGAUAGUAGCAGAAUUGUCUCGGCGUGCAUAUAUUCACAGCCAUUGGCAACAUGCACUGUCCAUCAUCAUUCAUCCGUCUGUUGGGCUGGCAGUUCAUAUGUAAAAUCGUCAUGACACGAUCCAACGGGAGAAACAGAGCGAGCUAGGAAAGGAAGCGACGACUCAUAACGACAGCAAACAGUAAGUAACUGUCUUCGCGCGUCAUUGGGAUCGUUUUGCUGCCGCUGCUGUUGCUACUAAAAGAUACUAGGAGAUGUUCAGAGUGUUGGAGUGAUGAAGCAAAUGCCAUGACACAAAUUUCUAUGUCAUAGGCUGUAUGUGUGUAACCGUACGCGAGAGUAUUUCGCCCUCGAAACGUGUAUUUGUUUGUGCCGUCGGAUCUGAGUCGUGCGCGGCAGCUAUAGAGAAGUCAGAGAAAAAAAAACGCAGAAACGGAUUUGGAAGCGGGAAGGAUGAAGGUUGCCUGACGUUGAAACCCGAUGUUUCUAAUGAUAAAAGACACGUUUCAUCUCAAUCAAUCAUUGCACUUUAAGACGUAUCACUGCAAUAGUAGUGCGUCGUAUUGCGUAUAAUAAUAACAAUGGCUAGACGCUCUGCGAACGGCAACCAACUUCCCUAACUUAAAUGACAGUGUCAUUAGGAACUGUCCAGCCAUCGUAGGACGCUGCGAGCCAACAAGUAUAUCUCGCCGUCUGCAAAACCAACCUGCACUGGCCUGGUUACGAAACCUAUCGAGACUAUACUUCAUCGCACUGAUCGUUUGUAUGUAAACAGCGUGUACUUAUGGAGCUGCGCUGUAAACCAUGUUGCAAACAAUACGGAGCACAAACAACAUACAAUAGCUAUAAACUAACAUACAGCGUCGUACGUCCUGCGCGCGUACAUAGCCACACAUAUUCUUGCGGACCUAACAUUAUUUUAUAUAAUGUUUUGCUUCAUUUCGUUUAGAGCAGCGACAGAUUCGCGCGCUCGUUGACUGUUUACUCGUGGAACAGUGAGCAAGUCGGUGCAAAUGUUACUCUCAUCGGCUAAGAAGCCGAUGUCGUGUAUUUGUUUGAAAUUAGAGGUGCGAUUUUUGUCAUUUCGUGUCUCGUGCCUCGAAUUAUUAGCGCGAAUCAGCACUAGCACAGCAGCAGCAAGCAGCCAUGGACGGGGGCAACGAAUGGAUCCUAAGAAAAAUCGAGCGAGAUAACAAGAACAAAUAUCCAAAAAACCUCCGCUCUAGAGAUAUCUCAUCUCGAGGACACAGCAAAAGUUCGUCGAGCCGGGGUGAAUCGCCACAGGGAAGCCCUCGUUUUAAGAAACUGCAGAUAUUUCCCUCCAGUUCCGGAAAUUCGUCAGGAAGUGAAGCGUCACAUCACGACGAGCGACAUCAGUCGACGCCGCCUCGAAGCCCCAAGCAAUGGACGGCAUCCCCUACCACAAGGGUGCGGCGGGCGAACUCCGGUGAAACGUUCCGAUUCUCGGAACGACAGAGUCCCGACAGUCCGCACCGAUUUGUCUUCCACAAGGAUACGUUUGCGACUGCCUAUCUACUUCGUAAGAAUAGCGACGGCCGAAGAUCGGCAUCUCCACCGAGAACGCCGGUUUACGAAGACGUUGAAAACAAAAGCAGAAGUAACAGCGCCAAUAUUUGCAUUAUGGCAGAUCACUCUCAACAACAGGGUGGUCACCCGACUAGCAAUAUCUACGGGUUGCCCGAUGAGGGCCACAGUCUGGGGAUGUUCAGCAGUCAGGGAAGCUUAAAUGCUGGUAUAUCAAGUCCAUCGCCGCCAAGUUGCUCGCCGAGUCCCUCUCCACGGCCCCAAAGCCCUCAGCAGCAACUUGGUAAAAUACUAGGACCGGGUCAAAGCUAUGUGCGAGUGCACCCCACUGUGAGGUUAGAACUCGAGGAUAAACCGGGAAACAAGGAGGAAACACUUGAGAAUGGUGGUACCUGUUUCGAGUUUGAUGCAACCGGGAGCCAACGGAACCUGUCCGUAUCGUCACCAAUCGCCAAAUCCGUUUCUUUCCAUUCGGGCACAAGCCUACCGGAAGAACGAAAAAUUUCGUCGGCCUACGAUUGUCUGCAGUUCAUGAUGAAGGGCUGCAGCUUGCUAAAGGUGCGGGCCAGCUCACGUCAAUACCGACGUUACUUUACAUUGGACGAAGACCUCGUCGCCGUUCGUUGGGUUCCAUCAUCGAAGAAGUCCAAUAAGGCCAAACUAGCAAUUGCUCACAUACGCGAAGUGCGUCUCGGAAAGACAACGGACAUUCUUAGGGAGAAAGAGGUGGCAGGAUGCUAUUCAGAGGAUUGUGUUUUUUCGAUAAUCUACGGGGAUGCGUACGAAUCGCUCGACCUCGUUGCCUCAACAGCGGAUGAGGCCAACUUCUGGGUUACAGGCCUCUCGAUGCUGGUAGCCGCGCGCAGGACUGGACAACCUGGAGGAGGACCUGGGCCAGGUGGGGUCGUUCCAGCCAACCUCGAUGAACGACAACUAAUGCGCGAGAAGUGGUUAGAGGAAUGCUUUCGACAGGCUGAUACCGAUAGGAAGGGGCUUCUAGAAGAAAGUGAAACGAUUGCCCUAGCCAAAAAAAUCAAUUCUCAGCUGAGUACUGUUCGGUUACGCCAAAAGAUUCAAGAAUUUUCGAUUGAAAGUGGUGAACGAACAGGCCGCAUUGAUCAAAGACAAUUUGUGUCACUUUUUAAAGAUCUUGCCACUCGGCCUGAAGUGUUCUUUCUGAUGGUGCGCUACUCCGGCAAGGACUACUUUGCGAAGGACGAUUUGCAUUUCUUUCUAGAAGGCGAGCAGGAGAUGGAAACGAGCGAUGAGGAUGUGUGCCGGUUAAUUGAUGAAUUUGAGCCAUCGGAAGAGGCGCGUGCUGACCAUCAAAUUCUCCUUGAUGGUUUUACGUUGUUCCUGCUGUCGCAGAACGCCUCAUUGAUGCCUCGUAGUCGCGUGCAUCACGACAUGACACGCCCAUUUUCACACUACUUCAUUUCCACGUCAUGUAACACGUGGCAGAUUGAAGACGAAAAUGAUGUUCUUUCAAGUGUUGAGGGUUACGUGCAAGCUUUGACGCAAGGCUGUCGGUGCAUUAAAAUCGAUCUCGUCCUUGAUGAGACUAACAACUUUAUCGUCGGAGGAACAUUACCCCUUCAAGAGGUUCUUGACACGAUAAGGGACUUUGCAUUUGCAGCUUCGAAGUACCCCCUCAUCGUUCAGUUACAUUUUUCACCAUUACCUCAUGAGGACGCCUAUCGAUUGGCACAACAGCUGCGAAAGUCGUUAGCUGAAUAUCUCUACGUGGCCUCUGAGACCAGCUUAAAUCAACCGUUUUCAACAAGCAUUUCGCCCGAGAGUCUGCAGCAUAAGAUCUUACUCUACUUCACGUCGGCUAUUUCUGCCACUGACAGCGGUUCGGGAAGCGCCAGUAGCGGUGGCAGUAAUAACAACAGCCGAAAAAAAGGCGGUGGCGUUAACCUUCUUGAUGGGUGGGAUUUUGCCCAUUCAGCUUCAGAAUUAGCCGAGUUGGCUACUUUGAACCAAUUCAAUACAUCGUCGUCCCAAAUCAUCGAUUUGGCUGUGCAACAGAAUCAGCAAUUGGAGAAUGAAGUGUGUUUAUUAUCGGAAACGGCUGCCCUUAAACUUUGCCAUUCGUUUGCCGAUGAAGUCGUACACCAUUCGAAGAGAUUUUUGACGCACGUCGAACCUACUCUGAAUCGAACUGACAACGACGUCAGUCAGGUGAACCCGCUCGAGUUGUGGGCGGCCGGUAUUCAAAUGGUGGCGACAAAUUUUCAGGCAUCGUGUGCUCCCAUAGACAUUUAUCGAGGCUGGUUUUCGCAAAACGGCCGUUGCGGAUAUGUCCUUAAGCCGUCCUGUCUGCGACAACCAUGGACUGCAUUCAACGCCUUCAAAAAGGAAAUUAUUAGUGACACUGAACCUAUGUACCUGAGGAUUAAGCUUAUUUCCGGUCAACAACUUCCAUUGCCUCGUGGCGCAUCAGUGAAAGCUAGCUCUAUCGACCCAUACGUUCUACUCCAAGUGUUUGGUAUUCCGGCUGACUGCGCGGAGGCGCGGACCAAAACAGUCUCCAACGAGGGACAAAGCCCAAUUUUCGAUGAAAGCUUCGAAUUCACAAUUUCCGCGCCGCAGCUCGCCGUUCUGAGGCUGACUGUUCUCGAUGAUGAUUUCAUUGGAGACGACUUUAUCGGCCAACGCUCGCUGCCAGUAUCUAGCCUUCGUCCGGGUUAUCGGCACGUGACACUCUUGGCAGAUUCCGGCCACCCACUGUUGCAUGCCACACUAUUCGUGCACGUUACUAUGUGCAACCGUUCAUCGAGUGAUAAGAAACUUCGACGAAAGAGGUCGUGGCAAACGAAAAUGGCGUCAGGCGGUGGAGCAAGCGAUCUUCGACCAACCGGACUUAAACCAGUCGACGAGACCUGUCGUAACGGAACAGCGUUGCUCACCGAAUGUGCUAAACUUAAAGCAGCACUCGACAAGGCAAUGAUUGAGCUUUGCGAGGAGUGCGGCUUACCGACAAGCUCUAAUCUGGCACAGUGUCUUCGGGUAUUGGUCCAAAGGGUGGCGGGGUGUCCAGACAUCACCUCGUUUGGCCUGGACACCUCUGGAGAGUUUCCAGAGGUCCGUAUACAAGGCGAGCCGUCCGGGUCCAAGUCGGCCAAGUGCCUACAGUGUUUCGAGCGCGUCCUACAGGAAUGCACAUAUAUGAUACAGAACGGGCAGCAUUUGAGCGAUGGACUCAAAGAUCUAUACAAUAACAUUCAGCUACAUGCUACAGAGUUACCCUCGUUAUGCUCAUCGCAGAAGAGCAAAAAAGCUGAUAAAGCGGCUGAGAGUUUUAUCUGGAAUGCGGCAUUCAUAGAGUCUCGCAUUGAAACAGUCGCAUCGCUCACUCACGAGUGCCAAACCUACCUCAAUCAAAUCACCCGGUUGCGCGGUGCCGUCGAACGUAUCUUCGUGCGGGAAAAGAACCUUUUGCAGACCUCAGCAACUUCAACAGCUGCGGGAACGGGUAGCGGAAACAGUCAAUCCGGCGGCCCUGGACGGACUCGAACGUCAUCGUCGCUAUCGAUCACGCCCCCUGUGCAGUUGAGUUCAUCGGCGCCUGCCACACCUCCGCCAGUCUCGCCUGGUCCAGACCAUCCAAGCACCACAAGGCCUGGGGCCCCACCCUACAAGAAAGGUAUUCUUAAAAAGCCCUCUUCGCCUAUUCAGAUCAGCCAACAGGACCUAGCUACCAGUCUGUGACGACACGAUUGCAGGCCGCCAUCACGAGCGGCGUGCUUAUGCCAACAACAGCAGUUAGAUUAUGAUCAUCAACAACUGCCGCCGCAGCAGGAAUUAAAAGAGGAACGUAAACGAAGCACAAGUUUAGGUGAGGGCGAAGCACAGAAUGACGCUGCGUCAGUUGUUUAUCGAAAGCAAUUGUUAGUGCACGACAGUCGAAAGCGCCAGCUGCAGAAGUCGGGGCUUGCCCUUAAAAAACAAUCCCGGCCACAGUCUUCGAUGAGGUCCAGGACCGCAUCGCUAUUACCAACAGCCUCAAUAUCAUCGUCCACGCAGCUAAAGACUUCAUCAUCUAAUGGGCCAAUCAUUGUAACAACCGUUUAACGAUCACUAACGGAUAACCGUGACAACUACAGUUUGUACGCGAAGCUAAAAAUCCCGUUCAAGAAAAUGAAGCCAACGUAAUAUGCACAACUGGCAUGGCGCUUACGAAGAUCUUAAGAGAAUCAGUCAUGGUAAACUAAUUGAAUUAGUUAUUAUUCUUUAUAAUAACCGUUCUUUAUUUGUUUUGUGUUUGUCGAGUAACGGAUUUCCUAAAUAUGGGGAUAGUAAAACAUUAGAAACGAUUCUUAGUGAUUUAACGGUACACUCUCUGUCGGUUUAACAAUAAGUUACACCGCACGUAUGAGCAUUUAACAAGGAGUAAAUGAGCAAGUGACUUUUUUUUUAUAAUUAGCUGGAAAAGCUCACAACGUAAUACGGAAUAAUGCGGUCAUAGCAAAAAAAUUUGAUCACUGCUAGUAGGAAGUUUAGGCUUUUCAGAACAUUUCGUAUGGAAUAUGAAAUGUUCUGUAUGAAUGUACAUGCAAAAUUUGCACGUAAUCUAUAAAAUGCAUUAAAUUUAAGGAGUCGUGCAACAAAUGUGAUCUGUGUCUAUCGUCUAUACACCAUCUCAAAUGCUAAAUGUCACACUAGUUUCUGUUAGACAACUUGCUACAAUCUCGUAAUAUAAUAGAAUAAAAAUAAAGCUUCUGGCGUGUUGAAGUUUUUCCGGAUAACGCAAUAAAGUCUGCCGUCGUCGCUUCAUCAUUAUUGUCCACAAGUUCAGAUGCUGAAUAAGAUAAAUGUUAAAUAGUACACAAUUAAGUUACUAAGAUUUAGGUGAUAGAAUGAUUAGAGCGGAUUUUUCUAUGGAUCGACCUAAACGAUCCAAGAUUCCUUGGAUAAUAUAUAAAUAAAUUAAACUUAUCGUGAAAAAACAUAAAAUGGUACAUUAUCUAUCGACGUUUUACUGCUAGCGCUAUUCGGGGUUCGAUUAAAGUGAAGAGAACUGGUUUCAUGCUGCACGAUAACUGCUUUGAGAGGUACGGCCUUUGAGAGACACUGGUGUGAAACGUUGCUUUAAACGGGAUUUCAUCUUUCAGAAGAGGGACUGAUUACCCGCCUCUAGCAGAUAAGCCGAUAAACCUUAGUGAUUGAUCCGGCCCUGGCCAGUGCGUUCUGGCCUGCGCGUCCUGCAGCCAAUUGCGUUCCAAACCUGUCUGACUAUGCUUACUUGACAAAUACAUGUGAUGUAGUCUUUUGUCAAAGGCCAAACGAUCACCAAAGUCUGACUGUCGCAGUUAAUCACGGUAGAGGCUAUCACUCUAGAAUUAUUGUUACUAAGAUUAUUAUUACUAUAAUCAUUAUAAUUACUGCAAUUAUUGAUAUAUUAUUGUGAACAAUAAUAGAUACGAUUAAUAUGAUUAUAUACAAAAUGUUAUUUAAAGUCCCAAGCGCAGAUAUUGAUGCAGAUGUGUGGCGCAUUCAGGGUCUGAUAUACUGUAACAAAAAUGUGAUACGUAAAUUGACGAGAUUGGUAAUGAUAAACAGUAGAAACAAAAGUAAGGAAGAGAUACAAAGCAAUUAAAGCCGCAGAUGUCCAGUGCUAUCAACAGAAUGCGACGUAAUAGUGCAUGUCAUCUACUACGUUUUUUACAAACUGUUGUUGUUGUUGUUGUCGAGGAGUACGGACAAUAUCUAU